UUGUCUUGUCUACUUGGCAACAGACAUAUAAGAACCCCUUUAUCUUCUGUUUGACAGCUCUCUCAUUCCAUUCUCUAUACAUUCUUUAUCCAUAUUAUCGACCUAUAUUGUUCUCAUCAUGGGCUUCAAAACUCUCGCCCUCUCUGCGCUGGCUGUCGCUGCUAAUGCCUCGCCUCUCAUCCAUGCCCGCACUGGCAAUGUCACCGUCUAUACCAACUCGAAUGGGUUGAACUUUACCCAGAUGAACCCUAGCCUUCCUAAUGUCACCAUCCUCGCAACAGGUACUUCCCCCUCACCAUCAAAAGAUAAAGGCAGAAUGCUAAACUCUCAGGUGGAACCAUCGCCGGCUCCAGCUCCAGCAACACCGCUACAGCAGGCUACAAGGCCGGCGCGGUCAGCAUCAAGGACCUCAUGAACGCCGUCCCCGAAAUGCUCGACGUCGCCAACGUCGCCGGUGUCCAGGUCACCAACGUCCAGAGCACGGACGUCACGACCGACAUCCUCCUCGACAUGGCCAACACGCUUAACAACGUCCUCUGCAACGAUCCCACCAUGUCCGGUGCCGUCGUCACCCACGGCACUGAUACCCUCGAGGAAACCGCCUUCUUCCUCGACGCAACAGUCAACUGCGCGAAACCCGUCGUCGUCGUCGGCGCCAUGAGACCUGCUUCUGCCAUCUCCGCCGAUGGCCCCUUUAACCUCCUCCAGGGUGUGACUGUCGCCGUGGACAAGAAGGCGCGCAACCGCGGUGCCAUGGUCGUCUUGAACGAUCGCAUCGUCUCCGCUUUCUAUGUCUCCAAGACCAACGCCAAUGCCGUCGAUACCUUCAAGGCUGAGGAGAUGGGUAACCUGGGCAUGAUCGUCUCCAACACCCCGUACUUCUUUUACCCCGCCGUCGAGCCCACGGGUAAGAUUGCCUUUGAUGUCGCCAAGUUGGGCAAGAUCCCCCGUGUCGAUAUCCUGUAUGCCUAUGAGGAUAUGCAGAAUGAUACCCUCUACAACUCCAUCGAGAGUGGUGCCAAGGGCGUCGUGGUAUGUUCACUUCAAUCCCCUGUCCUGAGCGCAUGAGAACUAACUUGAUAGAUCGCCGGUGCCGGUGCCGGUGUUGUCUCGACCUCCUUCGACGGCGCCAUCGACGAUGUCAUCGCCAACCACCAC